AUGGGGGACGGAGAACGAACAACCACAUUUUGUCAGUGGAUUCUUGAUAGAACUGAUAAUAAUAGGGAGUUUUUAAGUAACGUUUUAUGGACCGACGAGUCAUGCUUCACUAGAAGUGGAGUGGUAAAUUUUCAUAAUCAACGUAUUUGGUCGCAUGAAAAUCCGUAUGCAGUUCGGGAAAGAAAUUUUCAGCAUGAAUUUAGUGUGAACGUGUGGAUUGGUAUCUACCGUAAUCGACUAUUUGGACCCUACCUUUUGCCUGCAAGGUUAAAUGCUGCGAUCUUCUUGGAAUUUUUAAAGGCUGAACAUGCAAAUAUGUGGGAUGAUGUUAUGUUAGAUUUAAGAAGAUUGGCCUGGUUCCAGCUUGAUGAAAGAUGGAUCGGCCGUGGAGGACCAGUCGCCUGGCCUCCACGAUCCCCUGACCUAAAUCCAUUAGAUUUCUUUGUGUGGGGAUUUCUAAAACAAAAAGUGUACGAGACUCCCGUAACCACAAGAGAUAUGCUAAUAGACAGAAUCAGGAAUGCAUGUGAUGAAAUAAGGCCUUAUUUGAAUAAUGCUAUACCACGUUCGAUCAUUCGUAGAUGUGAAUUGUGUAUUGAACAAUUGGGUUUACAUUUCGACGACGAUCCCAGGGUGGGUGCACCAAAAACGGCAGUCACCCAGGAAAACGUCGAUGCCAUUGACGCAAAAUUAGUUUCUCGUUGGAUACCCAAGGUCAUCCGUUCUCUUAAUGAGCAAAGAACUGUUACUGCGGAUUGGUAUACCACCAUUUGUUUGCCAAAAGUCAUCACCGAGCUUCGAAAAAACAACCCCGAAAGAAAAAUCGUCGUCCACCAAGACAAUGCAAGCCCGCACACAGCCCAAAAAACAAGGCAGUAUUUAACGGAAGAAAACGUGGAAUUAUUGGACCAUCCUCCAUAUAGUCCCGAUCUAAGUCCUAACGAUUUCUUUACUUUCCCGAAAAUUAAAGACAGACUGCGUGGUCAAAGGUUCCAGUCACCAGAAGAAGCAGUUGACGCAUUAAAAACUGCCGUUUUGGAUCUGCCAGCAAACGAGUGGAAUAAAUGCUUCGAAAAUUGGUUCGUGAGCAUGCACAUGUGUAUUAAUCUUCGUGGAGAAUACUUCGAAAAACAAUAA